AUGAUGACCACGACGAUUAGUUCAGCCCAACAGAUAGUACCAGAUCCGAAUGGAAGAUGCGAGAUGUUCAAUGCCAACAUGUCAAUAUGUAAUGGUGUAAUACCAUCCAACACAUUUAUUUAUCUAAACAGCUCACAGACACAAGACACCUUGAAUCAACAGGCCACUGGUCUGAUCAACAUCCUCACCCAGACAAGUGCUCUAUGCAGUCUGCACGCUAAACUACUUUAUUGUUCAAAUGUAAAAUAUAUAAACCAUGUACAACAUAUAACCAAACACAACCAACAUCAAUUUCACUACCAUCUCUUCCUUGCCAAAGUAUUUGCAGCACAAUCAGUUUGCCAUGGCCACGACAGCAAUAUUGGCUUGGAGUUUGAUUGUACAGGCUUGGGUGAUGCAGGACAGGCAUUAUUCCCAACGACGGCCACAUUUUAUAACUUGACACAAUACUCUGGCGAUUCAAAUCAGAGUGUCGUGUGCAAUCAACUUUAUGUCAAUCCUGGACUGUGUCCACAUCCACUGAUCUACGUGGAUAGUGAGAUGAACAAGCACGAUGUCUACGCCAAAGUGGUCGACUCACAAUGUGCGCUGACAUGUCCAUUUGACUAUUGGUCGAAGAAGAGUAUGAACUCAUUGUAUUAUACACAAUCAUCUAUCAAUGGUAUCAGCUUUGCAUGUGGAAUACUAUUGAUCCUACUAUUUGGUAUACUACCCAAUGAGAUCAAUCAAAGAAUGGAGAUCAUCCUCUCAUUCGGUAUCUCAUCAGUCUGUGUUGCCAUAUCAUAUAUCAUGGUUGCCAACGACAGGAAGGACUAUUGUGGAAGUAACAAUAGGUAUAUGGCACAAUCAGAUCCAAAGUGUGGAUUUAAUGGAGUGUUGUUCCAGUUUGGAGUCAAUGCAUUGACAUACUGGUGGACAUUCCUAUGUUACAGCUUCUUCAAAGCGAUUAGAAUGGAGAAGAUCAAACAUUUCAAAUACUUUAGGAUUAUACUAUGGGGCUAUGCACUACUCAAUGCUGUCUUGCCACUGAUUGGUUCAUCCUACGUUGCCAAUCCACGUGUAUAUGGUUGUUGGAUGGAUGCAAGAGAUGCACGUAUCUGGCAGAUCCUAUUCUACUUUGCACCAGCAUGGAUAUGUUUGUUAAUGAUCCUAUUCUUUACAGUUUAUUCUAUUUAUCGCGUGUAUAUGAUGUAUGGAAUAUUGAAGGAUGAUAAGAUUAUGAUGUUCAAUACCAAACAGAUUGUGAUCAUGAUGGUAGUGACGCUAAACUUUGUAGUUGUUGCUUUUUAUACAUUCUAUCAGAUUGGUAGACAGAAGAUUUAUGAUCAGACGAUGGAGAACUGGAUCAAAUGUCUUGUGGUACAGGGUAGUGAUCAUUGCCAGUUGGACUGGCCAGACUACUUCCUCAGGAUAAUGAUCGCCAUUGUCAACACAAACAAUGGAAUCAUCGGAUUCCUCUCAUAUGGCCUCGAGUACAACUGUCUGGUAUUACUGCGCAAGUCGAACAAAGUGCGAUGGUUGCGCUUAAAGGUUGGCCUGUCGGACCUGGCUCCAACCAGCUCGGACUCAUCUUCAUCCAAGCCAAAUGCCGCUGCAGCCAGACGCAAGAGUACAGCGAGCAAACCAAAGCCAGUCGCGAAUGGUAUUGAGUUGGGCAAAGUACAACAUCAACAACAAGGCAGUGGCAGUGGUGUACAUAGUAGUGAUCAAAGCAGCAGUAACAACACAACUGAAGUGGUUGUAGUGGAUAUCAACAACAAUCACUCACUCAACUCUGAUGCCAACACCACCAUGACCUCCACCUCAAUCGAUUCUCGAGAGCCUUAA